AUGAAUAUACUGCGGGAUCAUGUUGGACACUCGACGUUUCCUCAGGGCCUUGCGGAUGGUCUCAAACGAUUCGUCGCUGAUGUUCACAGGUUUGUUAUGGUCAUGCUUCCAGCGGUAGCGUUUGAGCUUUCCUUCAAGCUCACCGAGUUCGCAGCUGAUCGAGCACCACAGGCAGUGGCUUUCCUGGCCUUUUUCUCGGACAUACUUCUCUCGCAUGUGAGCAGCUGCAGCCUUGCGAUUGCGGAGCAUGGCCAG